AUGGACAUUGCCAAAAAGAAUGACGAACAGCGGCUCGACUGCCUCCUGUAUUCCGAGCGCUUUUCCUGCAAGAAAUACGAAAUGACAUUUUCAGAAGCUGUUGUCGCCGAAACUUCGGGCUACGCAGCGCCACACAUCAUAUCAAACAUGAAACAACUGGGUUUGCAGGGCCACCAACUAUCGAAAACACACAACUUAGCGAUGAACACGAAGUCUAUAAACAGCAGCUGCGUGCUUUUCAUGAGUGCCACUUUACCAUGCCUUUGCUAUUUCUCUUUUAGUAUGGGUGUAGGCAUGCGCUGCUUGCAGCCCACAUGUCUUAACUCGGCAGGAGUAUGA